AUGCAACGCACAACAUCGACCACACCUGCCCAUCAUCCAUCCCUUUCACAACCGCAUACGACCCAGGUGUUGACCUUGACCAGCGUCAUGACAGCUGAAUUAUCCGAACCCAUUGAGCACCAAAAGACAUGGGAAGAGUCCGGUAUCGCACGAACGGGUAGCCAUGGAGCGUAUUUCAACACGUCAGAGGCCAACUCAGAGUUGCCGUGGCCUUCAGCGACGACGACUAGUACACUUCCUUUUCAGGAAAGUCACGGGAGCAGUAGCCGUGUCACAGAGUUACCUCCAGCGCUGAGCCGUUCGCAGUGUGUUCGCCUCCCCUCGCAGAGUGACAGCGAAACCGGUGUGGUCCUCCAUUCGUUGCUGUUACGCCCAAUGAGGGCGGGUAUUCACUGGGAUUUGUUGGAGUCACAUGGAAGGACAGAGAGGGUGCUGAAGGAACGUUGGCAGGAAUUGGCAACUCAUCCAGCGCUACCCUCGAUGACGGUGGUGCAUCCCUGGCUACCAUGGCCCAUCACUGUCCAUGCAUCGGGCAUGGAUUCGAGAGGGGUGACGGUUGCUGAUGUCCUCUUGACAAUUUCGAGGAAUCUAAGGAUCCCGGUCGAUGGAACGCGGAGGAGGAUAAGAAUAAGUUAUUUGCGUGGAAGACGGAUGUUCGUAGGUUUGAAGACGAGUGAUAUUGGGGGUGAUAUAUGGGAGCUUGUUGUAAGGUAA